CCACGCAUGUAGAUCGAAGUCAUUCGUAACCAGUUAGCCGUAACUUUAAGAGAAAUUUAACAUUUUACUCCAUUUUUAAGAAAAGAAAAUCCUUUCAUCAUGCACGGCAUAACUUUAUCGGUAUUUGCUCUUAUGUUCUUGGUUUCUUCAGCUAUUGCUCAAGACAUUCGAAGUGAAACUACCUGCCAAACGCACAAACGAAAUUCUCAAGCUUCAACGGCUGCGGUGAAAUGGGACAUCCGUUGUGACGAUCAAGGAUAUUAUAUUCCCCUCCAGUGCACUAAAGACAGCCCAAAAUGGUGCGCUUGCUACAAUAAGGAAGAGGCCAUCACACAGCCGUCCAGAAGCACCAAAGCCUGCGAGUGCUAUUUGGCCAGAGAAAACGCAUUGAAGAACUCGGCUUCUGAAUGUGAGACACCAAAAUGCGCAACCAAUGGAAAAUUUGAAGCAAAGCAAUGUUGCUCGACGACCGGGAAAUGUCAUUGCGUGAACACAACCACUGGAGUGAGGACUACAGAGCCCACAACUAACAGGAACCUGCAAUGCAGUUAAACAUAAUCUGCAUCUGAAAUAUUCGAAUUCAUAAAGAAUAUGUUUUUAUAUCUAAAAAAAGAAAUAAAAUUAAGUUUGCAUUUUGCCA